CACACAGUGACUGAGAAGUGGGUCAGUCAAGUAGAUAUGAGGUGAAGAAUUCUUUCUUAAUACCCAGCCUGAACCUCCCCUGGUGCAAUGUAAGGCCAUCACCUCUCAUCCUUACGUGAGAGCAGAGGCCAACCCUCACCUCAGCACGGCCUCCUUGAAGGAGUUUGUCAUGGUUUAAUAACCAUGGUUUAAACCGUGACAGAGUUGUAGAAAGCCAUAAGGUCUGCCCAGAGCCACCUCCUCCAGACUAAUAUCCAAAUGAAACAGUGGAAGUCCGGAAGCUGCCCAGGUAAACGUUUAAAAAGCAUUAAUUGGAAAGUAGUUCUGUGCAGUCCCCAGUGUUGGUACAGCUCUGAUGCUGCAACUAAUGUAUUGGAAGAUCAGGUAUAGCUGUUGUCAAUAGGAUUCACAGUUAACACACGUUACAUGAUUACAAGUGAUCAACACUUCUAAUGUGUCUGUAAGUGCCCCAGAAUGGUAAUAAAGUGCUCAGUGAAGUACGUUAACUGAACUCAGAGUGACAGCACUGACCAUAAGGCAGGGAACAGAAGGGAGUGCAACAGAAAAUCUGUGUAACCACGGUGUGCAACACGGACCUGAUACAAAUCUCUCUUGUUCUUUUAAGUCUGUUAGUGUACAGUAAAUAGAACCUGCUCUAAGGAUAAGGCGGUGCUUUGUUGACUUGGUUAACUGAAGUCAGCUGAUUUCUUGUAAUGCUUAGGAGUCCUGCCUGGAAUCUACACUGGCACAGAUUCAGAGACUUGCCCUUUAAACUGCGUAAAGAUAUUUUGAAUAACUCUAUAGUUGUAAUUGUGCCUUCAGUAUCUCAGUUACAGCUUAAUAUUCAGAGGAACCAAAUGCUUGAAGAUAUUGAUUAAGAAUGAUUUUUCCCUCACUUGUAUUAGAUACACAGAUGCACUUUGAUGGGAGAUCAGUAAAAUGCUUAAAUUUUAAGGAGAUAGAUUGGCCAAAUUACAAAGUUACUGAAUAGAUAAAUCUCUAUUAUUGCACAGCUCUGUGUAGAUCUCUGACAUGCUUGCUGGACAGUUCUUCAACCACAGCUUUCAAUGGCAAAGUCUACUUCAUCUUUUGUCACAGACGCUGUGGUUAAGUGGCUUUUGCUAUGUUUGCUUGUGUUUGUUCUUAUUUAUUCCAAAUUUGUAGCUUUGAAAGGGAGAAAUAAUCUUUCUCAGGAAAAAGAAUACAGACAAAAAAAAAAUUUAAAAAAAAAUCAUUAAAAAAGAGAAGUGAAAAAGAGCUCCUAACCUGGUUAUGCAGUGAAGAGAGAAACCUCUGUUUACAACUCUUGAUUUGUUUGACAUAUGGAUUGCUGUGAAGCAGGCCAGUACUGCGCUGUUUCUGCUCAAUAGUGUCUUUCCUUAAUUUGCUCAUCUUUUUUCUGGUUCAUUGGAUAGCUUCCACUCCCUGAAAUCUUGAACUCGAUCACAGAGAACUUGACGAGCUAUCGGAGGAAUCCGUGCUGUUUCUUGUCCUAUGAGCCUGUUUUCAAUGGAGUCUGUGCUCAGGAAGAGACCACAAUUUCUUCAUCUGCCCCAAAGAUGCCAAAAUCACCAAAUAAAGGAUAGAACAGCUUCAAAAAAAGGCUUUGAGAGCUCCAUGUCCCUCUCAGCCAAGCAGCCCUUAGGUCACACUGCGGAGCUGUAGAAACAUGAACCUGAAGAAAUCUGUGUGACUCUGUGAUCAUCAGAUUCACUGGCUGCUGUUACAAGAAAAUGAGCACAGCUACAGGAGUGAAAGUAGCAGUGAGAACAUCAGUGGGACUUGCGCAGCUACUCUUAAUUGUGAUAAAACCUGCAAUGAUGAUGCUGCAGUGGAAAACAAGACGGACAGAUCUAUCACAUCUUCCAAAGAAUGAGUACAAGUCAUCUCAGGAAUGUUCUCCACUUUUCAUGUGUCUCCAUUGUUCCUACAAUGCAAGUAUAAGAAGCUACACUUGCCCUUCUGGAGCUGCUAUAUGCGGGUAGCACUGACAUGUCAGUAACUUGCAUCACAGAUAAAUGUGUUUGUUUAUCAACACAGCUUAUCUGCCCAAGAAUUCUCUUUAAAUAACACAUACACUAAAGUGGAUAAGUGAUGUGAUGUAGUCAGGGUGUCUCUCUUUAGGGAUCACAAUGGUAGCUUUUUCUGAAAGUCCAAAGGAAAAGAAAUCUAGAAAAUUCUAAACAGUGGCAACGUGAGAAGCAAUGAAUAGCAAAAAUAUACAGUCUGGCUUAGUUCUCCUUUUUCAUAUGCAUUGUUUGUGUUAUGAUAUGUUUCAAAGAGGAAAGUUAGUUAGAAAGGAGAACUUAUGCUUUUGAUUUCUUUGUUGAGAGGAAGUCUCACUUCUAAGUAAAUAUCAAUCUACAUGAAUUUUGAAAUCCAAAUAGCCAUAGUAAUCUUGGCAAUUAAUUUCACUAUUUUUCCUAGGGGUGUGAAGCAGCUGGAAUGUACCAAUGUAGGCCAGCCUUUGGUACCUGGCAUUGCGAUGUGUCAUGAGCCUUAGCAGAUUUUACCUGUGUCAAGAUGACAACAAGAGACAAAUCAUGGAUUCAGCAUCUGUGCCUGAAAAUGGCUAUCUUGAUUUGCUGCUUUGUGAUAUUGAUCCAGUGCAUCUAUUUACAUUCUCAGAUCCUAAGUCAUCUGGAAAUGAAGUCGAAUUUUUUGCAGAUCCUGAAAUUGAUACCUGCAACUAUGAACAAUUUAAUAAUAUGGAUUUCCUGUGUACGGUGGAAAAUGAAGAAAAUGAGGAUGAAUUGUAUCUCUCUUCCAGUGCCAGAGAUGCUUAUGCUAGAAUAGCUGAAUUAGCAGAAUAUGUACUCAAGGAUCCGCAUGAGAAGCAGGUGGAAGAUGCUUUUGCAGGGAGCCUUAUUUUGGAUGAAAUGGCUCUUGAAAACACUGAGAAAUUCACUGACGUAAAGAUGCAGAAAUGUCACAAAAGAAGCUCUGCAGAGAAUUGCUCUGAUGCUUCAGAACCUAAAUACAAGAAAAUUGUGGAUGCCCCUGCAGUACCAACAGGGAAUGGAUGUUUCCUUACGAUGUCUCCAUUCAGCCAUUCAUCUGACUGCACCUCACUAACUCACCAGCACAUGUCCUUUUCAGUUCCUGCUAUCAAUGCACUGGGAAGUUUUGUAAUUCCUGAGUGUCUGCCACUUAGCAUGAAAGACAACAGAGAGAACAUAGACUUUGUGGAUCCUGCUCAGCAGAAAAUUAAUCAUUUUCUUGGAAAUGGCACAUCUAAUGCUAUAAAAUAUCCAGCACUGAAUUCCUCCUCUGAAUUAAUGGUAUCCCCAAGUUUUCAAGUUAAUUUAAAUGGCUUAGAAAUGUUCAAAGAAGCCCAAGUUCCAGUAAUUCUUUCUGAAGAAACUUCAAGAAGACCAAGGUCGGUGGAAGCUUUUUGUACAUCGCUUAUGGAUUACUUCCGAGAUGUAUGCAAAUCUGUGUCUGUGGAGCGUGAAAUGUCUCUUGAUCACAUGUAUGUUGAUGGUACACUUAGGCAAAGCCAAAUUGAAACCAAGCCUGGGAAGAACAGUGUAAAAUCAGCGGAAAAGGAUUCGGUAACUUACAGUGAGCAAGGGAAGGAAAAGACAGUCCUUGAAAGAGACCAAAUAUUUGAAAUCCCAGGAGGCAAAGAGUUAGAGACUAAAGUGAUUGUGGUGCUGGGAAAAGCAGGAAUGGGCAAAAGCAUUCUUGUUCAGAAGAUCUGCCAGGACUGGUCCAACGGCGAGUUUCCUCAGUUUGAAUUUGUCUUUUGGUUUGACUGCAAACAAAUAAGUUUGCCUGAGAAGUGGUACAGCUUGAAGGAUCUACUUCUUGAUUUUUUUGUAAAACCUCAGGAGGGAAGCAAAGAGAUCUUCGAGUACAUACUUCAAAAUUCUACUAAGGUCCUUCUGGUUUUUGAUGGUUUGGAAGGGUUGCAUGGCCAUGAGAAUUUUCCUCAUUGUGCAGCCAGCCACCCUAUCAAAGACUUGUGCCGCGUGAAGGAGCUGCUUUCAGGUCUCACCCAAAAGAAGAUACUCAAUGGCUGUACGUUAUUACUUACAGCAAGAACAAAAGAAAAGGUGUGCCAGUAUGUGUCCAAAGUGGAUAAGACUAUUGAAAUAGUAGGAUUUUCCCCUUGGCAGAGAGAACUGUACAUAACCAAAUAUUUUGAAGGAUUAUCCUCAUGCAAUAAUGCACUGGAUUUAAUCAAGGAGUCUGAGUACCUCUUCAGUCAUUGUUACAGCCCUGUUAUGUGUAGAUUUGUUUGUUUUCUCUGUGAGACAAUACUUGAAAUGGGAGACCAAGGCCUUCCUUCAACUCUUACUACACUCUUCCUGAAAUUUGUUCAGCAAAAAAUAACGCCUACACAGAAAGAUGUUACAGAUGUUACACUUGCACACAGUCAAGAGAAUCUUGCUUUGCUCGCCUGUAUUGCCUGGUGUCUUGAAGAAAAGCAACAAAGUGCCAUGAAGAGUGAUCUUCUUCCUUCUAUGAAAGUUAAAGAGUUUGCUCUGAAGAACGGAUUUUUCCUGCCAUUUGCAUUCCCCAGACAUUCAGGUACAGGAGAAGAGGAAUAUGGGACUAUGUUCUCUGAUUUUGUCAUUCAGAAUUUCUUGGGUGCACUUCACCUUAUACUAGCAGAAGGCAUCAAGGACAAAAGUCUAAUAAAGUACCUGUCUUUUCCAUCCAAAAAGAAGAAACCUUAUGACUGGUUACAUUUAGUGCCUCGGUUUUUGGCUGGGCUGUUAUUCCUCCAGGAUGACACUUACUUCUGCUCCCUUUUAAACAAAGGUGUAAAAAAAUCAACCAAGAAGCAGAAAAUGCUGCUGAAAUAUAUUAAAAGGUUGCAAAUAAACAACCUCUGCCCAGAGAGGUUACUUGGGCUUUUGCACUGUAUUUAUGAAACACAAAGUGAUUAUCUCCUGCAGCACGUGGCCUUAAGACUCAGGCCAGACUUAUCCUUUCUGGGCGUUGUUCUUACACCACCUGAUGUCCAUGUUCUGUCCUCUACUUUGGAAAGGUCAAGAAAAGAAUUUUCCUUGGAUUUGCAAAACAGCAGUAUUGACAUACAUGGGCUAAAAAACUUGGUUGGCCUGAAGAAUGUGACAUCAUUCAGAGCCUCCCUCAGUGAUACAAUCAGGCUGUGGAAAUAUUUAGAACAGACAAAAGACUAUGAACUGCUAAGAACAUCAACAGAAAAAUUUGUUCUUGAUCCCUUUAAGGCAAAGACAAUGAAAGACAUCAGUGACCUCUCUGACCUUGUAGAAGUGCAGAAGUUAAUAAUCAACUGUGUGCAAGAUGCCUCUGGUUGCAGCAGUUAUGAAAUUCCUGCCAUAAAAAAUCUGAAAAAACUAGAAUUUGCUCUGGGUCCUGCGUGUGGCCUUCAGGGAUUCCUAAAACUCGUGGAAAUUCUUGCAUCAUUUCCAUCACUGCAGCAUUUAGACCUUGAUGCUCUGAGUGAAAAUGGUAUAGGAGAUGAAGGAGCAAAGAGUCUGUCUGAAGUUUUUCCAACACUGACGUCACUGGAAACAUUAAACUUGUCACAGAAUAAGAUAACAGAUGUGGGCGCGGAGAAACUAGCUACAGCUCUGCCCUACUUGUCUUCAUUAACAACACUAAGCUUAUACAAUAAUAGCAUUUGUGAUUUCGGAGCGGAAAACCUUGCAAAAGUCCUUCCUGCAAUGGCUUCCUUAAGAGUGCUAGACAUUCAGUAUAACAAAAUAACUGGUGUUGGAGCCCAACAGCUGACUGACAGCCUAAAAAAAUGUCCCCAUAUAAAAAAUAUAGUGAUGUGGAAUCCUACAAUUCCAUAUGGAGUUCUUGAACACCUUCAGCAGCUGGACUCUAGGAUCAGUGUGUAGGUUCAGAUGAUCCUAUAAAGGUAACAUAAAGAAGAGGGGAGGAUCUGUUCUGUGUUUUCCUAUCUUGCUGCUUUAUGAAGCAGGAAUUAAAUGCCAACUUUUGGGAUAGUGGCAACAUGGAAGAAGUCACACAGAACCUUCUGGGUGAUGCUGGAAGUGGGUGAAUGGUGGAGUUCACAUAUUUUUAAGAGGUCAUUUAAACUGCUUUUUAAAAACUCAGUUGCGUCUCCUUUGAACUGAUGAACAGUUAAGUAACACAUUUCACAGAAGAACAACUGGAUAAUUUUCACAAUUAAAAGUGAACAAGAGUCACCAGCUAAUUGGCAGUAGAAAAUUCUAUCACUGAUUCAUCGAAGUGUGCUACAAGCUGCUGCACCUGCAAUAUCUGAAGUCAUGAGAGAUGAAAACUACUUGUUUUGUGGUGCCAUUGAUAAGCACAAUUACGUUUGUUUUUAUUUUAGACUACUAAAGUUGAUGUUUUCACCUGUAAAUCUGGAUUAAAUGGAAGUGUCUGGGUCAGAAGUGUAAAAAUGAGCUGGAAAACAGUCUGAAAUUGGGAAUCUAGAAGUGGCUCUUUUCUUCGUGUUCAUUACCAAUGCUGUCUUUAGAAUGGUAUUUUUUAUCAAAUAACUGUCUUGUUACAGAUUCCUUCAAAAAGAUUGGAGGGAGAAAAGAGACGAAUUAAAACUGAAAAACUACCAGGGAUUUUUCUGAUGAUGUGACAGAAAUCCAAUUAUACACAAACAGCUCCAGCCCAGUGCGCAAAAAUCUUCAGAGUGACAUAAAAUGUCACUUAAAUGCUUAAAUGUUUUUACUGUCACAAAUGGAAACUUCACAAAUGUGAGGUCUUUUCUGAUUUUUAGUGAAAGAAUUUCACUCAAUGUAAGCUAUUACAAAAAGAGAUUGGUUUGCAAAGUGUCAGCUGAAGCAUUUGUGCAUGAAAUUCUGAGGAACUGAAAACAAAUGUUGGACUUUUGAAGCCAAUUUUUCUUCUCAUUCGUAUACCUGAAUUGAGAUUUAAUUGUCACCUGCAAGUGUGAGACUAAAUGCACAAAUAUCUAUUUUAUACUUGCAAAUGAAAUCACUACUUUGUGUUGUUGACAUGGUCUGCUUCUGCAGAGUUAUGAAGAAUUAGGCAAUGACAGGAAAUCAUGUGUUUCAAAGAAUUAACCUGGAUCUGUUUUGCUGGCCUCAGUGUUAUUUGAGCCAGAUCCUGGUCCUACUAAAAGCAAUAGCAAAACAGUAGUCUCCUUUUCCAGCCCCAGGGAGGUAAUAAUACAGGAAAGCAAGGUGAAAAACACUAUGGAGAAUGCAAUUCUAACUAGAAAAUUAUAUUUUCCUUCAUUAUCUGCUUGUCUUCAAGUUCCAGCCAGAGGUGUGGAAAAAUCUUAUUUACAUUCCUCUCUUUAAGCUGCUUGAAUGGGAAGUAGCUUGAGCUAAAUGCAGUGUGACAUUCCCAUCAGCCUACAACACUCCACUCACACAGAGCUACAGUGAACCCUCCACUUGGCUUCCUCGAACCACGCUUUGGAUGACAAAUGCCCCUUUAGGGAUAUAUUCUGCAGCCAGGCUUCACUGUGACUGAAUCUAAGAAUAUGCUAACUACUAUGGAGGCAGCUGAAUGUUACAGCACUCUGCACUGUUAAAACGGUGUUGGGUAUUCUACUGUUCUCUUAGUGGGAGAUGUAUGCUUAUAAUGUAGAUUGUAAAUUGUGAUGCAGUGUUUUGGUCUUUAUACAUCUUUUUGAAAGUAUUAAUAAAAGUGAGUAUUCCUUUUUGCAGUA